UCUACUAACAUCUAUCGCUAGGACGACGAUGGCGCAAUUUGAUCCCAAGCUUAUUGUCUGCCAGAUAGUGGCGCUUCAAAGCUUCUACUAUGUUGCGAUGGGCGUCUUUCUCGGGAGCUUCAGGGCUGUUUUUGGGACACAGGUGGGGACACGAUUGAUAUUCUCAGGAGAGCUCGUGUCGUUGUCGACCACAGCAGGAUGGACAGCAAUUUGCUGUCAGGUUCUCACGGCGAUAUCAGGAGCACUUCUACUGCCUAUGAUCGUGGAGAGGGCCAAGAAAUGCUUGGACUUCACUUCGACCCUGUACAUAAUACACGUAGCAAUUUGCUCCUUUUAUGACGGAAUCCCCCACAAUUGGGAAUGGUGGAUACUCCAGAUGGCGUCGUUGGCGCUGAUGGUAGUCUUAGGUGAAUAUGCUUGUUCCCGGCGGGAGUUACGAGAUAUUCCUCUGUUCUCUCCGUUGCCAACUCAAGUAUGACAUGACGCGGCAGGGCUGCAAGUGUUUCGUAGCACUACUCUCGUUGCUGCACAGGCAGAGCAUCCUCUUGCUCGGACAAGGAGUGCUGAUUUUUUUGUUGGGUGAGGAGUCGAGAACACCAGCAAAACUUCUUCGUUGGUGAUUGUGUAGUUGUGGCUUGGAGGAUGCCGAUACCUUGGGGUUGCUCUAAAUCUGUGAACAGAGUAGUGCUGCCCCUUUUUCCCGCCUUUGUGCCUUAACGUUCAUGCGCUUCGUGGGCGUAUUUCGUCCCGUUCCAUGUCGACUAUUUCGUGUUUGACCUCUUGUGCCUGGGGAUAGUGUUGAGGGUGAAGGGUGACGGGCUCGUGUACAUCAUGUGUUUGGAAGUACCCAAAUGACUUCGUUUAUUUAGGUUGUGUGCGCGUUCUAUCUAGGUGGGAGUGGUAUCGUGUAUAUUCUGUAACCAGUGUUUUUUGUUGUUCUGUACGCGGCUAGCUGAUGGCCACUCAUGACGUC